UGAGUGACUGGUGAGUGAGUGCCUCGUAGAUAAUCUGUAUGCUCAUCACUGUAUGAACCUUUCUUGAGAAUAACAUUCACUACUAUACACUCCCAAUAAACAAAAAAGAGAGAAACAAAACAAAAUUCUGAGUUGUGAGUUUGAGUCUUUCUCUCUCUCUCUCUGUGCCUAAGCUCAUCCAGUAAACAUCAAUGGGCGAGGAAGAGAAGAAACCUGCUGAAGAAGAAGUGAAGAAAACAGAGGAAGAAAAGAAAGAGGAGGAUCCAAAAGGUGAGGAAAAGAAAACAGAGCAAGCACCGGCUCCUCCACCACCGCCUCAGGAGAUUAUCUUGAGAGUCUACAUGCAUUGUGAAGGAUGUGCUCGUAAAGUGCGUAAAUCCCUUAAAGGAUUUCAAGGAGUUGAGGAUGUUAUGACGGAUUGUAAGAGUCAUAAAGUGGUGGUGAAAGGGGAAAAAGCAGAUCCAUUGAAGGUUCUUGAAAGAGUGCAAAAAAAGAGUCACCGUAAAGUUGAGCUUCUGUCUCCGAUCCCAAAACCGCCGGCGGAAGAGCCUAAGAAACCGGAGGAGAAAGAAAUCGUUAAACCCGAAGAGAAAAAAGAGGAGCCUCAAGUGAUUACUGUAGUUCUGAAAGUUCACAUGCAUUGUGAAGCUUGUGCUCAAGAAAUCAAAAGGCGUAUACAGAAAAUGAAAGGUGUGGAGAAUGCAGAGCCAGACUUGAAGAGCUCACAAGUGACAGUAAAAGGGGUUUUUGAGGCAACACAGCUGGUGGAUUAUGUAAGCAAGAGAACAGGGAAAAGGGCAGUUAUAGUGAAAGUAGAACCAGAAAAGAAAGAAGAGGAGAAACCCAAAGAAGAGAAGAAAACUGAGGAAGGUGAAAAAGACGCGAAAAAAGCAGAGGAAGGAGAGAAAAAGAAAGAGGGUGGCGGUGGAGACGGUGCCUCCGCCACCGUUGCUGCAACUUCCGAAGAAGCUGCAGCAAGUAAUAAAGAGGUUGCUGUUCAAGAAGACCCAAAACUAGAAAUGAAGAAGAAUGAGUUUUACUACUAUUACCCACAGCAGAAUUACCAACUUUACCCUCAAAGAUAUGCAGCAUCACAUGAGAUGUAUAAUCCUUACCCUCCACAAAUGUUUAGUGAUGAGAACCCCAAUGCAUGUUCUGUGAUGUAAAUUAGGAAGAACAUGAAGGGUAUAUGUGGAAAGAAAUGAGUUAUGGUCACAUGGGAAAUGCCCAUGGCCAUUUCUCCAACUUGUUGUUUAUGGUUGUGCUCUACAUGUGGCCCUGUCUGGGGGCCUUAGUAUAAAUCUGCAGCCGAAAAAACUAGAGAAUUUUGUGAGCACUUUGUACCUUUUUCCUGGUUUUCUUUUAUUAUAAUAUAGUCUUCUUGUUAUAUA